AUGGUCAGACGGAGUUCUGUACUACUUCGAUGUAAACUAAAUCGUGAGGCCAGGUCUGCUUUCAAGAAAGCAGCGCAGUUAUGGAUGGAUGACACGUGCAUCGACUUUCAGGAAUAUAGAGAUGAGGCAUCCGACUAUGCCGAACGAGGAUGGGAAGAAGAUGAUGGAGAACGAACGGCUAGAGGAGAGGAAAAUGAACAGCACGGAGAGGAGAACAUACUCGACUACGAACAACAAAUGGAAGGAGGAGGGAUGGAAUAUGAAGAAGGACUUCUUGCACAACUUAUUUUUGUGUUCAUGAAGGAGGGAUGUUCGUCGCGCGUUGGUAGACAAGAAGGCUUUCCAUUGCAGUUCCUUUCACUUGGCCAAGGCUGUGAAACGGUUUAUUUUUUAGGAACAUUUCUUAGUGGCCUCGUAUCUCGAAGAAAUUUUAUCAGUGAAGAAAAACCAAGAUUCCGCAUUUUGUUCUGA